AUCAAAAUAGCUGACAGAGUUUCCGCCAAGAGUGACUACACCUCUGCCACUCUAGAUGUUUCUAAUGUUGUUCAUGGAGAUGCUGGAGUCUAUACAAUUACACUGGAAAACAAGAUAGGCUCAACCACAGGAUCAAUCAAUGUUAAAGUAAUAGGACUACCUGGUCAAUGUAAAGAGAUCAAAGCAGAUGACGUUACCAAGAAUUCAUGUAAAGUAUCUUGGGAGCCUCCAGAAUAUGAUGGCGGAACUCCUAUUCUGCACUAUGUGCUUGAACGCAGAGAAGCUGGAAGACGAACAUACACACCAGUGAUGUCUGGAGAGAACAAACUUACAUGGAAUGUUAAAGAUCUGAUACCUAAUGGAGAGUACUACUUCAGAGUCAAAGCUGUAAAUAAGAUUGGUGGAGGAGAAUAUCUUGAACUCAGAAACCCCAUCAUCGCAGAAGAUGCUAAGCAGCGCCCAGAUCCACCUGUGGAUGUUGACACUCAUAAUCCAACUUCAAAG